AUGAGUGCUGUUGACGCUGUCUUCGUUGAACGGCUUGCCACAGGCCGACAGAAACCUAUCAGCGAAUCACGACGCUUUGCACUGUUGGCACUGGGGGCCUUCUGUUGUACCUGUGCAUCUUUCUCCUAUGCCUUCAACCUUAUUUCAGGUGAGCUGCAGACCCGUUAUAACCUGAACCAGCGUGAUUUGUCAACCAUAAGCACAGUGGGUCUUGUGUUUUGCUAUUUCAUUCUCCCGUACGCCUUUGUCUAUGACCAUUUCGGCCCUCUUCCCAUUUUGUCACUGGCCACCCUGUUUUUCCCUCUUGGGACACUGCUGCUUGCGCUCACGUUCCGUGGCAUCAUUGUGGGCUCUGUUGUGCGUCUGAGUGUUUUCAACAGUAUCAUGAACCUUGGUUGUGCUUUGUUUGAUCUUGGUUCUGUGAUGACGGUGAUAACAUUUUUCCCAAUUAACCGUGGUCCCGUUGUGGCAAUCAUGAAGACCUUUACAGGUCUUGGCUCUGCAAUUGUGGGAUGCAUUCAGCUUGCGUUCUUUAACGGCAUGCCUGACCACUUUUUCUAUUUCUUGAUGGCGCUCUCGUUUGUGGUGGGUAUGUUUGCGUGUGUGUUUUUGCGUCUCCCGUCUUAUCAUCUGACAGGCUACGAAGAGAACCACCUGAGUGUUGAGGAAAAGGAACGACGCCUGGCACGAAGAGCAGUGUACCUGCGUCAGAAGCCUCCAAUCAUUCGAUUCGUGAUAGGUCUUACAUUUGUCAUCAUAAUCAUAAUCUUCUUGCCACUGCAGAGUGCACUUGUGGCUUAUCAGGGACUGGGGCAAAGCUACAGAAUUGCUUUUGCCAUUGUUGUCAUUGUGCUGAUGGCGCUUUACCCGAUGAUGGCGCUGCCUGUACGAUUUCUUGAUCGCCGUAAGACUGAGGUUGACAGGAUCACUGAACCGAGAAAUGAACCUGAGGGAGAGAGCAGUGAUCAGGUUGAUGUGGUGAAGCCGGAUGAUGUGGUGGAGACUGAUGUUGACUACAUUGCCCCACAGUAUCAGGGUCCGUUUCUGCGCAACCUGUUGACACUACGCUUGUGGGCUCUCCUUUGGUCAUUCUUUGCUGUUGUUGGUGCCGAGUUUGUUAUCAUUCUCAACGCCCGUUUCAUACUUGCUGCAUUGUCUGGAGAGGCGGUGGGCAACGAGCUUGGUACGCUUUUGACAGUGCUGAACGGUGUUGGAAGUGCUGUGGGUCGUCUGUUGUUGAGCUACUUUGAGGUUUGGUCGCAGAAGCGCAAGGCUGAGGAUCGUAUCCCCAUCACGGUUUCUCUGUUUAUCCCAACAAUUACGAUCAUUGUUUCGAUGGUGCUGUUUCUUGUGCUGCCAAAGUCUGCGUUGCCACUUCCGUACGCGAUCGCUGCUUUAAGCAAUGGCUUCUGUGCCGCUGUCACUGUGCUGGUUACGCGCACCAUAUUUGCAAGGGACCCCGCAAAGCACUACAACUUCUGUUUUAUUGCUACCGUUUUUUCGGUUCUCUUCCUGAACCGUCUGCUGUACGGCGAGUGGUACGCACGCAAAGCCCAGGAGUACGGUGUGACUGUUUGCCUGCAGAAGUCCUGUGUGUUGAUGCCCUUGCUGUUCUUGCUUGGUUUGGCUUGCUCGGCGUUUUUGACCAAUGCGUAUGUCCAUUUUGAGUACCGCCGCUUCUGCCAGAGGACGCUUGAGGAGCGACAGCGCGUGCGAGAGGCUGCUGUGAGGAAUGAGUCGCUUCCUGAGACCAUGAUGGAGGACAUGCCCAAUGACGGUAUGAAUCCACAGAACUGA